UCUUUAACAAUAUCUGGAUACUUACUUUCAAAAUAUCGUGUAAUGGUUGACAAUGAGGUAUCUGGUGCCUAUUUAUUAGCUUCUUUUACACUAGGUAUAUCUUUACAUGGUUCACAAACACAAAAACCAUCUUUGUGUACUUCUAA